GCUCAAAAAGUUUAACGCAAAUUUGAAGAAGAAAAUUAAAUGGCCGCUCCAUCUCUCCUCCUUCUCUACCUUUCCGCUUUUCUCGCGGUCUCAAAUUCCGAAGCGGGGCCCCUCGUCGACAGCUGGGACGACGACGCCUCCGGCAUGGAGUACUACUUCCCGUCCCCGCCGCCGCCGGAACGCGGGCGGUGCGAGGACGUGCGGUGUCGAUUCCCGGCGUGCGUGGGGUUCCUGUCCGGAGAGGCGGAGUGGCCGCCGGCGAGGUGCUGCUCGAACCUCGAAGAACUGAAUGCGGUGGCGCGUGCGGAGGGCCCGCGUAGGAUAUGCGCGUGCAUCGAGGAUUUGAGCGCGAGUUUCGUGGACUCGAGGAUACGGGAGAUUUACAAGCGAUGUGAUAUUCACCUCAGUUUCCCCAUUUCUCAACACAUGGACUGUUCCAGGUAACCUGCAUUUGGAAAUAAAUACGGUUUUCGAUU